GAAUGAACACCGCGUUUUAGUUCAAACCUCGCCUGCCACGGAACAGGCCAUUGCCAUUUGCUACUUGCUAGCUAGCGACUCCUUUGUUUUGUGUAUAAAAGAGCGAGUAGUUGCGAGCCUUUGGAUCAUCAGUUACACACAAGUCCCAAUCCACUCCAAUUCCUCGCCUCAAUUCAAGAAGUUAAAGAGCAGUUUCUUAUAUCUCAGGAUGGUUCAGCAAAAGAUGGUGAUGAAGCUGACGAUGGAAGACCCCAAGAAGAAGGCGAAGGCUCUCAAAACUGCUGUCGGCGUGCACGGCGUCAUAUCGGUGGCGCUGGAAGAUGAUAAGAUUGUCGUCGUGGGAGAUGUUGACUCGGUGGAUCUAACAAGGAUUCUGAGGAAGAAGAUGGGGCACGUGGACCUCGUCAGCGUGGCUGAAAACAAGAAGGAAGAGAAGAAAGAAGAGAAGAAGGGAGCGGAACCAGUAGCUGUAACUUGGCCCAACUAUGGCCCUUUCAUGCAACAAUAUCCUAUUAUGAUUCAGGAGGAUCCGUAUUAUCGAGAACCAACUGGUUGCAUAAUAAUGUAGAAGAAGAGAUGAUCUUGCAGCAGAGAGAGUGAUGAAACUAUACCAUACAGUUUGUAGUUGAAGUGGCAUCAUCAUUUGUAAGAAAUCUAUAUAUAAGUUUCUGAUGCAGAGAAUGUUUUUUUCUAAAUUGCGAUUGGCAAAUCAUUUAGCCGGAUAAUAAUCAUAAUAUUUUUUUUUCUCUCUCUCUCAA